AUGCAGGAGAAGUAUAUGACGGAUGAGAGAAUUUACUCAGCUUAUGAAUAUUGCUCGAAACUUUAUGGCAACAGUGACUUCUUCACCAUGGAGAAUUGCAUGAUGAACAAACUUGUUGAAUUUGCCUGGGAAAUGGAUAAUGUUGAGAUAUCUUUUCCCAAAGGCUUGGAAAUCGAAGCCAAACAUUACUGCUUGCAAAGAAAUGAAGAUCUCAACGUAUGCAUCUCUAACUACAAGAAGAAACAAAUUUUCCACGGGGAGAAGGAGAUGAUAGCUAGAACAAAAUCGGCAUUUGAUUCCGUCAAGUUUCUUUUUAAACGUAAACAACACAAAGAUGUUAUUGCAAAAUUAAAAAGUGAACAGCGAAUUGGAUCUCCUGUAGCAGGGAGAUUAAGAAGUCGAAAUAAUGUCAAUCUUCUUGAAGGCCUACCUCCCAAACGUAGAGAUCGUAGAACAAUGGUUUUGCCUCAAAACGAAUCUUCAAGUGAACAUCUGGAGAUAGGUCCGGAUAAUUCUCAUCUGGAGAAUAUUGACGGCGACUCCAAUCCGAAAGCCAGUCAAGACACUUCCACCACGUCAAUAUACGACGACAAUGACGAAUCCCAAGUCAAAUCUUCCGGUUACUCAUAUUGUACAAUAUUGUAG